CUCAUUUCAGAAGCAGAUCAUGGAGAAAAGGGCUUCUACACAAGCUGCUGUGCCACUGAUGCUGCUGCUGCUGCUUUUGUGGUUGUUUGUGUUCCCAGCACUGGCUUGCCCAUCGGACGGCAGUCAGUGUAGAGACUGCGUGGCUAAUCAGAUGAAGUUUGGAUGCCCAGAAUGCACGCCGGUUCUGCGGUGUAUGGCUCGAUGCUUGUGGGGUGGAAGCUCAAGGGCCAACUGUGUCAAGAGGUGUAACUGUGGUUCUGGUGGCAAACCUAAGCUCUCUGACUGCAAGAAGUGCAUGUUGCGCUGCAAGUGCAACUGCAUGUCAUAGAUAGAUGACUUCCCAAGAAGCUCUGUGUCUGUAUGUUUCUACUUAUCGCAAAUUUUAUGCAUCUCCAGCUUAUUGAAAAAUCUCUUUA